AUGUGGCGAGAAGCGUGCGAGGACGACGCGGAGGAGUUCGAAAAGCUGUGCGCGUUGGAGGAGCGAGUGGAGAAGGAGCUGUGUGUCCUGGAAAAGCUCAUUGAAACGACAAAGGGAAACAUAGAACAGCUGAAUGAUUAUAUAGACAGAAAAUACAAAGAAAUAAAGACGCUGGCAAGUAAGAAGCCAACAAGGAUCAAUUGGGAAAAGGCACAAGGGAGAACACACAUGUCGAUGUUUUACCAAAAAGAACAUGGAUUUCCUCCAUCCAAUGAAGACGCAUUGAAGAUUACUGAAUUUCAAAUGAAUGUAGCGAAUUAUCGGAAGAAGUAUGAAUAUAAAAAAAGCGAAUGGACCAAAAGAGAAAUUGGGCUUCUUUUCGAGGUAGUGGAGAAAACGUGCAAAAGGCAUGCAACAAGAUAUUUAAUCGAUCCAAACUUAGCCUACGAUGUGAAAGUGGAGAAGAGAAGAGAGAUCGAAGAUAGUAAGGAUGUCAAAAAUUUACUCUCCAAAAUUAAAUUCCAUUUUGAUGCAUUUCAGAGGUUAUCCACAGCAGGGGGGGGGAGGGUUACUGAUUGCCCCUCGGGUGCACCUCCAGAUGGAAUAACCAGCUUCGCCGAUUUUUCAACUCAUUUUUGGAACGAAGUCGCGGCAAAUUUAACCAAGACGCAGACAGGAAGGGAGUGUCAGAAGACGUGGCUCUACCACUGCUGCUUUGAAGAUCCAAAACAGAAGAAAUGGCACCAGGAAGAGAAGGAAAAUCUGUUAAGUUUGUCCAAACAGUAUCAAAACAGAGAGUGGACUAGCAUAGCAAGAGCAUUAAACACAAAUCGAAGUCCCCUCUCCUGUUUUAUGGAAUUUAUAAGGCUGACAAAAAUGUAUGGACAGUGUGAAGAAAGAGUCAAACUGGAAAGAAUAGGAUUUAACAUUCUGGAGGACAUCCAAUUGCAGAUAUUGGUGUCUAUCCUUGGUGAUAAAAAUUGGAAUGAAGUGAAGCUGCACAUGGAGAAUCUGAACUCAAAUAUGAAGCGCGUUCAAAUGAGAAGGGGCUUCAACCCUUGUGGGGGGGAGAAAGAAAAACGGGUCAAGAAACAGCUCAGUGACGAAAUAUCCUACAAGAGGCGGUAUCUGCGCUUGGUUCGCGGGCGACGCGACCUGCACUGA